AUGCUACGUUUAGGUACAAAAAAUGAUUUUGAUGAACUCUAUUCUGUUUAUAUGCAUCCAACGGUUAAUCCCUAUUUAAAUUUUGAAAUAAUGAGUAAAGAAGAAUUUCUUCCAAUAUUUAAUGAGUUAACUCAAUCAGGAAUAUUGUAUAUAUAUGAAAAUAUUGAUGGACAAAUAGCAGCAACAUGUAUUGUGAGUCGUUCAGUACGACGUUGUGCACAUAAUGUUUGUUUAUCAACAUUAGCAACAAAUCCAAUUUGUCAACAUCAAGGUAUUGGUUCAAAAUUUGUUCGAGAAUUAAUUGAUGAAAUAAGAAAAGAUCAACAAAUUAAACGAAUUGAAUUAUAUGCUGAAGUUGAUAAUGAAAUUGCUUUAAAUUUUUAUAAAAAACUUGGUUUUCAAGUGGAAGGAUGUUUAAAAAAUUAUUAUAAACGAGCAACAGAUGAUCAUUUCGUUAAUGAACUUGUUUUGGCAAUGAUUUUUUAA